AUGGCUAAUUUAUAUAAAGUUUGUAUUGUGGGUUCUGGCAAUUGGGGUUCCGCUAUAGCCCGCAUUGUCGGCAGUACAGUCACAAAAUUUGACAAAUUUGACAAUUCCGUCAAUAUGUAUGUUUAUGAAGAGAUGGUUGAUGGACGCAAACUAUCUGAAAUUAUCAAUACCGAACAUGAAAAUGUUAAAUAUCUACCUGGUCGCAAAUUACCAGAGAAUAUCGUUGCUGUACCAGAUAUCAAGGAAGCCGUAAGGAAUUCUAACCUUCUGAUAUUUGUAGUUCCUCAUCAGUUUGUUGAUGGAAUUUGCAACCAAAUCAAAGGGAGCCUUAGGUCGGAUGCUUGCGGUAUCUCGCUCAUUAAGGGUUUUGAUUGUCGUGGAAGAGGGAUUGAACUUAUCUCAUCUGCCAUCUCACGUCUAUUAAACAUUGAGAUGAGCGUUCUUAUGGGUGCUAAUAUUGCAAUGGAAGUUGCUGAUGAAAGCUUUUGUGAAGCAACUAUUGGUUGUAAAGACCGCAAAAUAGGAACUGUUUGGAAAGAACUAUUUACUGCAAGUUACUUUCGCACAAGUAUUGUUCUUGAUCCCCAAACGGUUGAAUUGUGUGGCGCUCUUAAAAAUAUUAUUGCAGUAGCUUCCGGAUUCGUGAUGGGUCUAUGCCACAGUGACAACACCAGAGCUGCAAUGAUUCGCCUUGGACUGAUUGAAAUGAUAAGAUUUAUAACCGAAUUCUAUGGCGAAGCUCGGUUAGAGACUUACUUUGAAAGUUGUGGAAUUGCUGAUUUAAUCACCACUUGCAGUAUGGGCAGAAAUCAAAGAGUUGCAGAAGCGUUUGUGUCAAGUGGCAAGACACUUGCUGAACUAGAAAAGGAAAUGCUCAAAGGACAGUAUUUGCAAGGUCCAUUAACAGCAAUGGAGGCGAAUAAAUUCUUACAAGAAAAAAACCUAGAAAAGGACUUUCCGAUCUUUACAGCUGUUUACGAAAUCUGUUACCACAAUAGGCCCGUUAAAACUAUUAUAGAUGCGAUGCGUGAAGCAAGUACUCAUGCAAAGCUUUAAGAGAAUAUGCUUAUUUAUACACGUACAGUACUAUGAUUGCCUCCUAGGGGCAGUAGUUGCGCAAGCUUUGGAUUCGCUGUUCCAUUGAAUUUAUAAUGGCGUGCAUUGCUGUCAACGUAUGUUGGUAUAAAUUUUAUUCGUAAUCAUAAAUUUAAAUUCCUACAGGUAACCAGUAAAAGUAACGUUCUGGAUAAUUGGUAGUCAUUUCUUAACAUAAAUUGUUGACAUUCCUGUCUUUCAUUUAUAUGUAAUGCUUUUUAAUCGUGAUUGUUCAAAAAUUAAAAGUG